GCUCUAUUUAAGACGGUAAGAAAGCGGGGCAGGCACAGAACACUAUAGUGAUUCAAACCAAACUGUACGCUGAUACGUUUAGCAACUAAUUUUAAAGGGUAAGCUCCAUUCAAUAUUUCAUAUUAAAAUUUUAGCAUAUUAUCGGCAUAUGCAUACAAUGCUCUUUAUUUUUUGUAACCAAUAUUAAAAAAUUAGAUUUAUAAUAUUAAAAGUACAAGAGAUGAAGUUGAUGAACUUGAUCGUAUGAUCUGUUCCUUAUUUUAGAAUUUGGUCAUUUUAUUGCAAGUGUUUUAAAAAAAUUUCACGCUAAUAAUCCUUGCGGCUAUCUGCUAUUCAUUUAGUGAAAAUUUAUGUUAAAAAGCCUUAAUGGACACCGUAUCGCAUAUCAAUUGCGCCAAAUAGCUGAUCCUUCAAUUCCCUAAUAUAUUAAAAUAAGCCUAUAUAUAGUAUACACAUAUAUAUAGGCAGCCUACGUGUAGAACUGCACCAAAUGUCAAUUUAGGGACCGGUCAUAAAGUAACUGCUAGGGUGGGCCGGAGGGAAAAAUAGGUUUUCCAAAAAAAAACCGGUGGCCCAUCCUGAGAACCAAGAAAAACUUUCAAAGCCCAUCGUUGGUCAUUGGAAAAAUUUCACGACCCAUCCUGUUAUACAUGAAUAUAUACAGUAUAGCAGUCACUUUGAUCAAACCAUGCACUGAGUCACUUUGUCAUAACUUUAAUUAGAACAAAUUUAUAAUUGGUUAUAUAUUUAGUAGUUUACACACCAAAUAGAUGUGAUUUGAAAUAGACUUGAUUUGAUAUCUCUCUUUAUAUUAAUAUUAAUAUUUUAAAAUAGUACAAAGAAGUUCUUGUGAUACUGCAUGCGCUCAAUCCUCGAAUAUUGUUUCGAUGAGUACAGUCUCUGACGUGCAUUUGUGCUCGUCUAUUGCUUCGAUCUUUGAAGUUAGCAAUAGGCGUACCGGGCGGGGGGUGGGGCGGAGGGGGCGCCAGCACCCACCCCUUUGUUAGUUGGGCAAACAAAGCCAGUCGGGCAAUAUUCGCUUCACAGUCGGGCAAUAUUGGCUUAUUAUAAAAAUAAAUGGGACAAAUUCUGUCAAUUUUGUGGGAAAUAUGCUAUCUAAUAAGAAUUUUUCGUAAUCGCCCCCCCCUCCCCCCGUCGACAACAAUUUUGGAAAGUCUCUCCGGAAAUUUUUUUUUGACAGCUCGGGCACAAUCCGAAAAAGUUGGGCAAAUUUCUUUCCGCCCCCCUAAUUUUUUCCUUCCCGUACGCCUAUAUGGAAGUUAGUAAAUCUUCCACAGCACUCAGCUUAUAAUUUUGCAGUGAGCCAACAACAUUCGUUGACAAAUGGGAGUUUUCUCGGAUAUCAGUGCGAAUUCUAUUGGAUUUUUCAUUUUUUUCCAUCAUCGUGAUCAUGAAUAAAACGCAUAAACCUUAGCGCAUGUAGAGAUCAUGAAUAAAACGCAUAAACCUUAGCGCAUGUAGAUUGAUAGGUGCCACUUUACAUAACGCUACACGAAGUAGUCGCGUGCAAAAGCUGUACUCGGGGCAUGCUGGCUCAAUCGUUGCGGUUUUAAAACAACAUGGCGGAUAAAAUUCGGGUAUGACUAAAGGGAGAGUUACCAACCGGAGAGUUAUCUUGGAGAGUUAUGAUUUCGGAGAGUUAUGGUCGAACCACGCCCACUUUCCCCUAUGACCACACCCAAUUUCGUAACUCUCCCGACGUUUCCUUGAAGUAACAUGAGAGAGUUAUUUUUGACGUAACUCUCUCUCGUUAACAUUAUGAAAAUCUUAGAGAGUUAUCAUUUUUUAUAACUCUCCGCGUUCACGAUUGUGGCAAUGAAGAGAGUUAUGUCAGAUUUUCAUCUUAUAUUUUGGUAUUUCAGUUUGUAGCGUGUCAAUAGCAUGCGUCCAAACAGGAAAUAGUACAACUUUACUCGGUCAAAACAAUCAGAUGCUUGCCGCAGAAGGGUCAAAGUACCCCCAGAAGCAUGUUUUGAAGUGUAUUUGGCAGUAAAUACGGUAAGCAUAGUUGCAAGAAAAUUGAAAAAAUUGCGAAAAUUGAAUCUUUCAGAAAUUCAGGUUUUGCAAAUAUUUUCCCAUAUCAGCCAAUAUAGGGCAUUACAUUGGAAAGGUUUUCUGGUUCUAUCUAAUACGAGAGCUGUAUCUGAAUGUUGGGCUUUGUAGGUAAUCCAAGUGAGCAUGUAUAAUAAUUUAUUUACUCGUACUCGCUUCACUUGGUAAGUACUAAAGUACUACUAGUUUCUACUAGCGUGAAAUAUUAAAGCUGAAACUUGAGAAAAAAGUAAAUUCAGAAUAAUUUACUAAAAUGUGGAACUUUUUUUCAAAAAACUGACAUAACUCUCUUCAUUGCCACAAUCGUGAACGCGGUGAGUUAUAAAAAAUGAUAACUCUCUAACAUUUUCAUAAUGUUAACGAGAGAGAGUUACGUCAAACAUAACUCUCUCAUGUUAGUUCAAGGAAACGUCGGGAGAGUUAAGAAAUUGGGUGUGGUCGUUGGGAAAAGUGGGCGUGGUUCGAACAUAACUCUCCGAAAUCAUAACUCUCCGAGAUAACUCUCCACUUCAUAACUCUCCGUUUAGCCGGUCUCAUAAAAUUCAAACAUUUCUUGAGAAGAACAACCUUUCACAGUAUGUCAACAAGUUCAUGGAGCUUGGGUAUGAUGAUCAAAAGCAACUCUUGGACAUGCAGCCAGAGGAAAUUAUUGAUGUUUUGAAAGAAGUUGUGCUGUAUGACAAGUCGGGUCAUCAGUGCCAUCGAAAACAAUUUGUAUCUGGCACUAUCUGCAAUAGAAAUUUUGAGUUCGAAGACCAAACAUGGAGUACAGGAUAAAGUCAAGACACGGCAAGCCAGUGUACUACACCAAUGUCGAGUGUUUCCCACAAAUAUGUUACAACUUGUAAGUAUAUAUAUUUUAACAUGUUUUGCCUGGCGGAUAUUAAAAACAAAGAUAAUUUUGGAAAAACCGUAGGGCCAGCACCAGCCAAAGAUUUGUGGAUUCCAAAUCCUGGAAAGCCAAUGAACUCAAAUUUUACGACAACAAAUUGAAUGGACAACUGUCACACAACAAUCAUUGCUAAUUGCAAUUUAUUAACUGCAGGAACAUUUCCUCCAAAAGUGAUGCAGAGAAAUAAUGCAAGAGAAAACGCAAGAGCGUGUGAUGUCACAAAGAUUAUUACAAGUGGCAGAAUCAAGUACGAGUCUCUGGAGAAUGGUGCUGAAAAAAUCUCUCAAGUAGAUGUGUGUGCUUGAGCCUAUUAAAUUAAACAACUUAAACCAAGGUACCAUAUGACAGCAUUAAAAACAACAGUUGUGGGAAAAAACAAUGUACACUUGAUUUUUUUUGUUAAAAAAAUUGGAAACAUCAUCUUCUCAGUCUGACUCUAUGUCAUCAGAAUCUGAUUCUGAGGAAGGGUGAUGUGGAUAUUUAAAAAUCAAUGCCUGUAGAUGUGACUUACAAAAUAUUAAUUAUAUUAAUAAUAACAGGAUUGUUUUUAUUUCAUUUUGAAUUCACUUUAAAUCUAUUAUUUUGUUGUAUUGAAUGUUGAUUAUUUUAAUAGGAAUGUUGUGUAGUAGUUGUAGUAUGUAUUGAGUGCAAACAGGCUAUAUGUGUUUCAUGGCCCAUCCAUUUGCACAAAAACAAAUUGAUGGCCCACCCAAACUGAUGAAAAUAAUUUCAUGGCCCAUCUUUAUUUCCUCCAGCCCACCCUAGCAGUUACUUUAUGACCGGUCCCUAAUAUAAAUAAGCUCGGCCCAUUCCUCUAACAUUUGCUAAGCGCCACAAGCACUCAAUGAAAAGCAUUGUAUUUAUCAGUGCAUUUUUUAAGGAUUCUUCAGUGGUGGGGCAAAACUGCCAAAGCUGAUCCAUUUUCCUUGUCCUCUCCCAGGAUAGUAUGCAUCGCCGAAGGUGGGAACCGAGUACCGCAGGCAUGAGUUAGCUAGGUGGUCUGGGGCAUGCCCACCCCCAGGAAAUUUUUAAAAUUUUGUCUCUGAAAUAGUAUUUCCUACAUUCUGAGAACACCUCAGCUCCUCAAAACAAAGCUUUAAUGCCGUAAUUUGUAAUAAAUUGCAUGCUAAACAUUCAAACACAACAUAAGUUUAAAGGCCGUUUUCCACUUCAAGCGUAUCGUACCGUAACGCAGCGAAAACGUUUUUAAAUUUCAAAAUUUCGUGAAUGUUGAUUGGUUAGUACUUCCGUAGUACGCCAAAAAGUUGAUUUGCGACGAACUUUUUAUUUUUAUACGCGAUUACACCCGGAAGUACGUGGAUUUAUAAACCUCUUCUCAAUCUGCGCAUGCUCACGGAUACGUUACGGCACGAUACGGGCGAAGUGGAAAACAGGCUUAAGUAUGCUCAGCAACAAAUUUUGUUUUUUAAACUUCUUUUCAAUGUUAAACUCAUUCACUCAAUACAGGUUCCAUUUCUUCAGUGGUGUGGCAGAGGAAGGGGCCCAGUGGGGCAAAAGGCCUCACUAGUCCACGGUACUAAAAAUACCAUGGUAUUUAUAUACGUAAAUAAAACAUGACAAAAAAUUAUAGCACAUUAAACCCUGAUAAUUUUUCUAUCUACUGACAAAUAAAUUUGUUUUUCGCAAGAAAGCUGGAAAAUUUGCACCACGUUUUGGUUUGACGACAACUUUUCUGUCUCUAUGACUAUGCGGGCACAGAUUAAUAUUAUUGGCAUCACAAAAAAAGAACCUUUGACAAUGGGAAAUGAUCGAACUAGUUUUUGAAAAUUUGUUGUUUGUUAAAAAGAGAAUUAUGCUAGCUCAAGAAUAAUAACGUUGCUUCGGCUGCAAGAUAGCAUCAGGGCACGAAUAAUUUUCGUUUAUGGGAAGACUGAACAUGUAGAGAAGAGUCGCGGAACGAGAACGCAACAUAAAACUACCACUGAUCUCAAAACUAUAAUGAUCUCAAAACUACCACUGAUCUCAAAACUAUAUCUACAUGGCGGCCAUAUUGGUAUGAUAACUACAUAUUUAGGUUCUUGCAGUUUCUGGUUAUUGAUGGCAAUGAAAACAUGUUAUCUAUAUAGAAAACGUGAUAUCAUUGACUUCUCCUCCUAACUGAGAAUAUACUUUUCUCAAGUUUCAUAUAGCUAAACGUUCUGAAACUCGUUAUGAAAACUGACUUCUCAUUAUAAUUAUUCUGGCUCCAACAUUGGAGUGAUUGGAGCAUGUUGAGGUGAGUGAGCUCCAUAUAUAACUGGAGCGAGAUCCAGAAAGUGAAGUCAAGAUGGCGGAAUUGAAAUGAAGAGCUCAUAUUUAAGUUUGAUCAGGGUUGUAAAUACUCGUUACAACGCGUUACUGUGUACUCGUUACAUGUGAAGUAAUUUUAACCUGUAAUUAAUUACGUUUUUAGAAAUGUAACGAAAAACGUAACUAAUUACAAAAGCAAGGAACGUGUUCCUUUUCCAAGGAGCAAAUUGAAAAUUUCUUUUCUUAUUUUGUUAAAAACAAGAAAUAAAAAAUACAACGUUACGACAAAAAUUCAGAAAAAUGGCUGAAUUAAUUUUCAACGGAUCACAUGACAUGAUAGCUUACAUGAAGUAGUACUAUUUAUUGCGAAAGUGGAAACCACAAUUUGUUCCGUGGCUCAGAGCGCCAAACAUUGGCAAAUAAAGUUUUAAGUUUACAUGCUUCGAUUUGCAUGUCAAAUGUUUUAAUAUAUUGAAAUAUCAUCUUGAUAAAUUCUUGCAAAUUUCAUAGUUUAUACCGUUUUUAUUUACAACUACUGUUUAACAGAUAUUGUCUUAUAAUAUAUAUAGUAACAAUUUGCCGGUAAAGGAAUUUGUAAUUAAUUCCUUUUCUCCGGAGUAAUUUUUUCAUUGUACUUAAUUGCAUUUUAGAACAAGUAAUUGUAAUCAGGAAUUUAUUACAUUUUAAAGGGGGGAGGGGGGUGAAUAGGGUAUACAAAUCCGCCGAUUUGAAGCAAAAUCCGCGAUCCGAGCCAAAAUAUUAGAUAAAUCCGCAAUCUGCUGUGUUAAUAAGAUCCGAAAUCCGUGUAAAACAUUCGCCAGAUCCGAAAUCCAGACAAUUUUUUCUGUGAAAUCCGACGAUCCGAAAACCUAUUCCCCCUUAAAGCAAGUAAUUGUAAUUGGAAUUAAUUUCUUUUUCAGCGGUAAUUUUGCAGCCCUGAGUUUGAUAUCGACUUAAAUAAUAAUACUAUGAUUUUAUGAACUGAUAACUUGUUUAACGAUACGGUUCGUUAGAAAAAAAAACUGGAAUUAGCCGGGGAAAUUGGUAUCAAAACUGUUUAAGACCUUCAUAUCUAUAUUACUUUUAUUAGACGUCCAAAUACACUUAGUUGGCUUCACUUAGGAGGAAUGACUGAAGUUCUCGCUCCAGCCCGGGGGAGGGUAGUCUCCUAUGCAGACCUACUUUAGCGGGUUUGGGCCCAGGGGGAGGGGGAAGGAAAAAAAAUUCAAACCAUAUUCAUUAAAGAAAGGGGUUCAAAUUUUCCGGACUACGAAAUUUUUUAAAGGAAAAUUCUAAAAAGGGGUUCAAAUUUCACAAUUUUACCAAUUCCUGCUUUUGGGGGCAACCCGUUGCAAAUUUUCUGGCCCUCUAUAACUGAGGCUAGGGGAAAUUUGCCCAAUGUACUAGCAAAAAUUUUAUGGUCAUUUUGCCGGGGGCCCCCAAGCAUGCCACCCGUCUCUGGACACCCGGACACCCGCCAGUUACGCCCCUGGUUCCAGUUAUAGAUAGGGCUCACUGGUUGAAGUCAACUGGUCCAGUUUUUAAAUCCACCAAAACUCGACUUAAUAAAUUUAAAAUCCACGUUUAGUAUAUGUUUCCUUGAAAUGAGUGGUAAUACAGAUAUAAACGUAUACAGUAAAUUAUAUCGCAUGGUGUAGACCGUGUAAUAUAUGAAUUUAUCUCUUAUAUUUUUAAGAUUGAAAGUAUUAAUAGAAAAAAUGACAAAGUUGCGGAACAUUUUUCACAUAUUCCUUAUCGUUACAUUGGUGUGUCAAGUAGAGUCUUUUUCUUGGAGCGAGUGGGGAGAAGGAAAGAAUUGGGGAAAACGAAGUGAUAAACUGUCUAAGAUUCAUGCAAAAAGGUAAAGUCAUGAAAAUUACCAUAUUAUUCCACGGCAGUCCACUCCAUCUUAGUAGUGAUUUUAAACACACGUACAAAAACUAAUUCGUAUUCUACUAGGCCCUUCCCAAUUAGGCUAGUAUUUUUUUUAACGAGCAUUUUCGUUGUCAAACUUUUCUUGUUUUUAGUGCUCUGACACUAUAUAACGAUCGAAACUGCAUUUUCUAUAGCUCUCCACAUAAAGCCCGUUUAUGUUUGGGAAGCAAUCCAACAUUUUCGCUGCGAAUUUUUUCGCCAAUCACAUUGCAGAAAAUUGGUUCUCACUUCCCGCAAACAAAUUCGCCUGUGGUGGAAUGAGCUAUAGGCUGUUCUCCAUUGGGGACGAACCAUUAGAAGAGUGAUGGGAGGGAAGUGGGGGAGAGAUGAAAUAAAAAAAUUGCACAAGGAAGAAAGGGAAAAUUAUGAAAAGGAAAGUGAAGAAAUAUUCGUAAAACACAUAUUAUUUGUAUCUCUUCAAAAAAUAAACUCAUUGAAAUAUUUAGACUGAAAACAAUGAGCUAUACGCUAUCUUGAAUUAAUUAUUAACUUCAUUAACUGUGGUUUUGAUGUUGGGCUCAUAACAUGCAUAUCCUAAAUAAUCCAAGAUGGCGGACACUAGUCAGCCCACUGUUUUCAGUCAAAAUAUUUCAAGAAUAAAGCAAGAUAUGAAAAAGCUGUAAAAAGUAUUAAUCAUUUUGAAAACUCUUUCACAGGAAACAAAUUAAAUAUCCUUUGUCCAAUGCCAUUGUCCUUUAAUUAGAAUUCUCAUGUUCGUUGUAAAGUUCCCAAGUUCGUUUCGAGGAUUUAUGAUAAUCAAACUUUCGAUAUACAACUUUUUCGUACCUUGUUUAGUUCAUUUUCGAAAUAUUUUGACCAAAAAACAGUGUGCAGUCCGCCAUCUUGGUAUUAUAAUUGACCUAAUUAACUGAGUUUUUAAUGACGUCAAAAGCAGGGUUAAUUUCUUCAAUAAGUUUCUUAAAAUGUUGUGAGUUAAUUGAUUACUAAAAAGACUUCGGAGAAUCGAGUUUCAUAUUGAUAAUGACAUGUGGUUUGCAAGACAAAAAUUUCGCUUUUUACCUUACUUGUGACGUAUGCAUAUUGAAUGCAUAUCCAAGAUUGCGGAAUGCACGCAGCUUUUGAUCAAAAUAAGUCGAUUUAUUUAACCAAGCAAGAUACGGAAUAAUUGUAAAGGAAGUUUAUAUAUCAUUUUGGAUCUUCUUUCAAAUAAGACAAACUUGAUUUAUAUUACGAUUUAAAUAAGCUAGCCAAUCAAAUCGCUUACUAUUGAAUUAUCAUAAAUAAUUGGAAUGAACUUCGAAAAGCAAACUGAAAUCGGGACUCGGGAGUAUAAACACCUUUUAUAUAGUGACAUGUAAAAAGUAGUCAUCUUACGUUUAAGGUUGCCAUUGGCAUUGUUGAAGACUGCUCGAAGACGUAACAAAAUCAAAGAAACACAUUCUUUCAAUCCAUAUAAAAUGGACCACAGAAAAUAAUGGAUAUCGUUCAAUUUACAGAAAAACUAUGAAAUGUAUUAUUGACUAUUAUUAAUUGAGCACAUAUGUAUUUUAGUAUAGAAUAAAAAUGUAUGAUAAACUUUUCUCUUUUCUGUGAAAUAUGCGC